AUGAUAGGCAAGCAUGGUCUCAAGGUAGUCGAAGACGGCGCAACGGAAGGAAAGAAAGGCGAGGAUCUCGACGCCCUCUACGGCCAAGACUUCGAUGAAGAUGAAGCCAAGUUCAAGACUACCAAUGCCCGUCCAGAUGCUGAACCGUCAGUGACGGUUUUCGAUAACGCUAAGAACAUCACUGAUGCGUCGGACGACGAAGACGAUGAUUACGACCCUCUGCCCGAUAGUAUUGACUAUCACGAGAUAUUCUCCUUGACGACAACAGACCGCAAGUUCAGCCCCAUCUUCACUGGCGGGACUCCAAUAUACAAUCCGAAUGUAAUUCCACAUCCGACAGAUCACACUCUUUGGAUUAUGAUCGCUCAGCACGAGCAGAGUGGCGAACAGAUAUCGGUAUCACAAGAGAUGACAUGCAACGUGGGCUUGCUGAACGACGUUAUGGUGUGCACAGCCGAGCCUACCGUCAUUCCUAUCGAGCCGUCUAUUGUUGGCAACUGCUCGGGCGAAUUGGCAUACUUCAACAGUCGGGGAGGGCCUCGUGAUGCAAGAAUGUGCCACGGUCCUGACGCACCAUAUAUCCUGUACGGAUCACAGUCGUCCUAUUCUUGCAUUGGUAUCUGGGUCGAGGAUGCACGCAUGCUACUUGACGACUUCCAUGCCGAACGAUCUGUUGUGCCAAAGCUAUUCACUCACGCAACAGAGCUCCAGAGGCCUCCACCUGUGGGCGGCAUGGAGAAGAAUUUCUUUCUCUUUUGGGACAGCAACAACAAGGCCUAUGUACAUCACGAUAUCUACCCCCACAGAGUAUUUGCCGAGCUAGAGUUCGACGGCUCUGUUGGGCCUAAUCUUGGGGUCAACUCAGCCAACAAAGACGACGUGUGUCUGAGCAUGUACAUGCCGACUUUGGCUCCCGAUAUGGAAUCCAUUCAUCAGGCUACUAAUUCGCUUUCUAUCACACUCUGCAAACGAGCAGACCCUCACUGCACUCCCAAUACCUCAAACACCUUCAUCUUCGCGAUCUUCCAACACAAAUCGUAUCAUGACUGGCAUGGAAUAUAUGAGCCGUACGUCAUGGUCUUCCAGCGUGAUGCGCCCUUUGCAGUCCACGCUAUCUCACAACGACCUAUAUGGAUCCAUGGGCGAAGCGCUUUGACAAAAGACACAAAUUCACUUCUGUACAGCGAUCCUGAUAAGGAUAUCCCGGCAGGGCAUACCGAAAUGUUCUAUGUCACAAGUAUAAGCUGGAAAACUCAUGGACAAAAGUAUCACGGUUAUCUAGACGAUCCGAUGUUUCUAGCAUUUGGUAUUGAGGACACCAGGGCUGGCCUGAUCGAUGUGCUGGCCGAAGACUUGUUUUCAGAUCUCGGAUAUUGUCCUUGA